CUGUCUAAUAGAUCAUAUUAUUCUUAAAUGGAUCAAUUUGAAUAGUCAGGGGAAUCAAGAUUUAGCUCCCUGCGGUUCUGACAGUUAAUGGAGAAAAAAAAUGUUUUAAAAUAAUAUUUGGCUGCACGUCAGUGGGUCACUGCUACUUGAUGCAUUUGAAAUCCAUACCACAGUGAAGUUAGUCUGAUUACUCUAUGUAAGAAAAUGCAAAAGAUAGAUAUCUUAUUGGUUUUGAUGGAAAUGCUGGCAUCCACUAUAUAAAAUGUCAAGUGACCAAAAAAAGCAGCACACAUAGACAAACAUAAUCUUAGUAUAUAUGUAUGAUCACAAUUCUUUUUUUAAAAGCAGUUGAGCAAAGUGGUGUCAGCAGCCAAAGGGAAGUCACUGCUUUUUUUCAUUUUAAUUUUUCAUCCAACCCAAACCAGGUUCAGAUUAAAAACCAUAACCCCCAAACAUCUGGACAAUAUUGUUCUGGAGAAGCUAUGGUUUUUUCAGUGCUUUUUCCACUUUGGCACUAAAUCUGUGUUGUCGAUGUGUUUUUGUACUGUAGUACUGUAAAUUAAAGGUAGGUGUCACAGUGUGUUCACAGUAUGUGCACAUUUAUCAUCCUGUUAGGCCUGAAGAAGAACAAUAGACACCAUGAGCAUGUGUAUCAUUAGCUAUGACCCAUGCUAGUUGCUUUGAGAUAUUUACGGCAUUUUUCCUUAACGUGUGUAGAAUAUAAUACACUCAUUUUACAGGCACUGGUUUAGCAAACAUAUCAGGGUCAUAUAAACCCUAUUAAAAUGCCAUGAAAUGUUAGGUCCAUUUCUAUAACACUAAUGUGAGUGCUACAUUAGUUUUAGCCAUUCUGCCUGUUAAGCCCCGCCCCUAUCAGCUCAACUGGUAACACCUGCUGUGGUUGGGUGUUUGAAUGGUGUAAUUGGCACCAGGCCUCAUGUGGCCAGUCUUUAAAAGUGAGUGAGAACAGAAAGGCUACGUUUUCGCCUCAGACCUGUGCAUUAUUCCUUUCUAUUGUUUCUGAUGGCGUGGAGCGUGGGCAGUAAAGGUUUACUAUGGUUUGGACUUUUUGUGGUUGCUAGUUCAUUUUGCAGUUGUAGCCCCCUGACGAGGCUUAAGGCACUGGAUAAAUUAAAAGAAAAGUCGAUGAUUAGCAGAGGAAGUGGUCUGCGACAUGGACGACUCCUCAUCGGGCAAAACUCUCUGCAAGGUGCAAAAGUCAAAGCAAUCGGUACCUCAAUGGAACUCCUGGAUUUAGAUGUUGAUUACCAAGCUGACAUGGGUAAGUUUGAAGUUCUGCAUAUAAUUCUGUAUAAAAUGUACCUCAUGACUUUUAAUUGAUUGUAACCUUGCAAACUUUUAAUUAAAUUUGUACGAAAAUGGGGAAACAUUUAAUUAACGGCAUUAUUUUUUAAAGGUUGGGGAGAGCCCAAACAAUAUAAACGACAAGGUGACUACUCGUCAAGCCCAAAGCCAGGCGAGGCAGUGGUGGAACAACUCCUUGAACUGGAACCAAAGGUUGAAUGUACAGGAGACUCCAUGAAGCUUCAAAUCCAAGGUGCUGCCUCUACCCCUGGAUCUCUCUUCUGUGUGGACCGAGGAAGCAACCUGUCUCCACUGCCCCUGUCCAAUUUGCCACAAAGCUGUGGUUACACAAUCCGGUCAACAAGGAGAGACUUUGUCUUGGUUGCACCCUAUGACGGUUGCUUUGUUGCUCAUGAGGAGGAUAGCUAUGUUCUCCCCUUGCGUUGGUGUGGGUUACCGGUGAGGAUGUCAUGUCCUGUGAUGAAGCCUUCUGCACCUAACCCUCCGAUGGUCACCUGCCACUCUGAGGGGAUGGUUGUCAAGACCGACUGGAUGAUCUCUGCUGCUAAAAUUAUAGUAAAGUUGAAUGAUGUCUGGGAGCCUUUGCUGAGCGCCUCAGCCAAAUGUGGGUUCGUUAUAGUUGUUCUUCCUGAUGGUGUUGCCAUCUCUGCUCGCUAUGCGCCCUGCCUGAAGAAAAGGGAUGGUCUGUACACCCUGGAACUCUAUGGAGAUGGAGAAACCAAAAUUUCCUGUCCAUCUCUGUCAGCAACUGAACCUGAACUCACAAAAAGCCCACCAAACUAUCCAGGACCGCAAACUGAAGUGCCAAGCAAAGGGGUACAUCACUUGACCCCAUCUCAUAGUUCUGGUUCACCUCCUUAUCAAACUUUUGCUAAGAACCAAGAGGCACCUCACAAAAAACCAGACGAGGGUCCAAAGGAUAUUGCUCGUCCUCAAAUGCCAGACUAUCCUUCGUACCCACAUUUCUUCUACCCUUAUCCAGAUCCUAAACCUGUAACUACUGCGCAGCCACUGUCGUCUCCUUUAACCAAGACAAGUGAGGUGCAAUCCAAACAAACUCUCCUCCCAUCAAAUCUGCCAAUGGCACCUGAAGGACAAAUGCCCCAGAAAUUCCUUCCUUUCUAUGUCUGGCCAUCUCAACCUCUACAAUUGCCUGUUGAAAAAGAGACUCGAGUAGACUCUUCAGCCACCCAACCACCUAAAGUCAAAGUGGAAGACCCCUUUUAUCAUUAUCCAUACUAUUUUAAUCCCGUACAGAUGCUUGAAAACCCUACUACGCAGUCACCAGUAACUAAACCACCGCCAGGUAAAUUUCCUGAAUAUGUCCCAUCUGGAACUACUCAAAAACCUCAAGAACCCACUUCAAGCAAACCUGAGAACCAUGAAUACAAACCACAACCGCUAACUCCAGUUGCUCAGGAACCUCGCAGACAGAUGUACCAGCCGUUCUACCCAACCCCAUUUUACACCCCCUUAUGGCCUCAAGGCCCUUACCAGCCACAAAUGCCACCCACAAAGCUGACUCCUACACUGGCUCCAAAGGGCCAAUUGAACCCUGGGACAUCACACCCCCAAAUCCCUGGGAAAUUGUCAACCAGUAAACCACCUUCAGCUCCACAGAGCAAAGUGCCAUCACAACCUGAAGCUCCUGCAGCCAAAGUACAACAGCAGGUCUAUCCCUUCGUCAACCCUUCUAAAGGCAAAGUGUAUGAUCCUUUUAACCCUUAUUACCCACAGCAGCCUCAGCAGAUAACAUUACCCGCUACUACCUCCACACCGAGACCACAACCUAUCCAAGAACCUAUUUAUGGUGGUAAUGUCCACCAAGGUCCACAACCAGGCUCUCCCUAUAUGCCCCCUUUCUACUGCCCUCAAUCCUGCCCAUCUGGCAUUUAUAAUUGCUGUCCACAAUUUGCUUUUCAUCAACACCUGCAUCAAUAUGUUCCAGCUGGACUUGGCAGUCAAAAUGCUCCUCUAGUCUAUCCAGCGAUGCCAUAUCUCUCUUCAUUGGGAUAUUCUAGUUCUGGUAGGGGCUUGGGUGAUCCCGCUCCAGAGCUAACUGAGGAAACUACCCAAGUUUCUGCAACCACUUUACAACAGGCCCUUCCACCUCAGAAUGAACAACUGCCAUAUCUCCUGCCACCAGAUGGCAACAACGCUGUGCCUGUUGUCAGUGUACCUAUAAAUCAGAGGCCAAACUACCCUUAUUUUGUACCCAAUAUGUAUCCACCUCAAAGCCAGUCAGCAGUUAAUUACAAUGCACCCUCUGGACCCCAGCCUCCUGGUAAUUGGCAAGGAAAUCCAUAUUAUAUACAGCCCCCACAGUCGCAAAUGAGUCAACUAUUACCUUUUGGUGCUCAAUAUCUACAGCAUUUGGCAAACCAGCAAAGGGAGCCCAGAGCCACUGAACUAAAACCAUCUAAUGUAAACCACAGUGAUUCUGAAGAGCCAAUGCGAGCUAAAGUCAAAAGUGUAGCUGAUCGUUAUCUUGUCCCUAACCCCGUGCUUCAAGAUGCCCGAGCACCUAGUGCAAACUCCUCACAACAAUUUCUUAGUGCCUUAAAGAAAUCUACCACCCAUGAUCAGAUAAUCCAAACCGACGCUCGAUCAAAGAGUUAUGUGCUGCUACAGCAGGGCCCACCAGGUAGGGAGCGCAACAGUAAAACUGAAGAGCUGCUUGCUGACACAACCCUCCAGUCACAAAAUCUUAAACCCCAUAAUCGGUAUUCAAAUCCCCAACAGGAUAACCCCCCCUUUGGCUCUGCAAUGGAUGGCUCUCAUUUUGCACCAUUGCCCAGGGACUCUUUCAAUACACCGCAUAUAAAUCCUGAAGUAUUAGAAAAAAUGUGGCAACUCGGGCGAACCUUCGGCUACAACCAAAGGAUUCCCUCCCCUGCUCCUGGAGAGGAAUUUCAAGGACGGCGCUCAGCAGCUGACCAAAGGGACUGGAACUAUGCACCCAGAGAGGAAGAACAUCAGAACUAGAAACUAGUUGCAUUCAAUUUGAAUAAAUGAUUAAAACAGUA